AUGGCGCACACUGGACUGACCAUGCCUCGGGAUCCGGUGCAAUUCACGGAGGCAACCUCCGAAAACCCUUCUGCGGGGAAGGAGUUUAGAGCGGGGCAGGCAGGACUCGACAUGUGGAGUGAACCUGGCCACUACAGAAAAGAGAGAGGAAAAGUUGAGCUCACAUUGCCAGCCGGUGAUUCUUCUCGCCCCUCGUUUACUGUCGCAGAGUCAGUCCGUGUUAGCAAGUCUUAUAUCCAAAUACCAUUAGACCCAUGA